CGAAAACUCCAAGUUUUAUUUUUUUUAUUUUUGUUGUAAAAUCCGAACGUUUUAUAAGUUCGGAUUAUUUUAUUUUUUGUUUUUCCCGCUAUAAUUUUUUUUCAACAAUCUUAAGGUAGUAGCGAUGGAGUUCGGAUUCGGCAUCAUGGGUUCCUCCGGCAACGGAAUAAGUUCCGAAAUUCCGGUGGAAACCUCUUCGGUCGCCAUGGUUGUGCCGUCCUCACCACUACCCUUCGGGGCAAGUGUGGGGGCCGCAACCAUGACGUCGUUUUCAAUGCCGAGCUCGAUCUUUGGGUCGGCCCCUCGACCCAUUCCCGGGCUCAAAACCACGUGGGAUCACCCCGUCGCAAGAUCCCCCCAGCCCAAUGAAGCCAACGACCCCCUCGUGGCGAUGGUGAACCAAGCAUGGUACCACAACAACUAUCUCGCCAUCAACAUUAUCCUGGAGGGGUUGGGAGAUUCGAUGUACCCCGUCUACGCCGGUGCAACACUCGCCAAGGAGCUUUGGAAUAGCUUGAACAAAAAGUAUCAAGCUGAAGAUGCCGGCACGAAGAAGUUCAUCGUCGGGAAGAUGUUGGACUACAAGAUGGUCGACAACAAAUCUGUUGUCGCCCAGGCUGAGGAGCUAACGGUAAUCUUCAACAAAUGCAAUGAAGAAAAAGUAGGCGAGGCCUUCCAAGUGGCGGCCAUCAUCCACAAACUUCCCAGGUCGUGGGAAGACUUCCAAGCCGACCUCAAGCUCAAGAGAACGGAGCUGAACUUGGAGCAACUGCUCACGCGGUUGAGGAUCCGAGAGGAAGGGCUUGCUAGAAGAAAUGGAGGGGCAAAGGCGAAUGUUGUAGAACAUCCGUCGGGCUCUUCACAUGGCGGGAAGGACAAGAAGAAAAUGUGUCCUAAGGGUGGUGUUUCUAAAUUUGCAGGAAAGUGCUACAAUUGUGGCAUUACUGGGCAUCGUUCCUCCGAUUGUAGGAAAAAGAAGCCACAAAAGGGAAAGAAGAAAACCACCGAAGCUAUGUGCGCAGAGCUCGACAACCUGGACCUCUGCGCAGUCGUCACCGAGGUGAAUCUCGUCGGGUCAAACCCGAAGGAAUGGUUUGUGGACACAGGAGCCACACGCCAUAUUUUUUCAAAUCGGAGCAUGUUUCACGACUUCCAAGAGACCUCCGGUAACAAGUGGCUAAGAGAGAAGAGAGUAGAUCCAUUUCUUUCAGUUUCCGUUCUCAUAGAACCAGAAACUUCAUUAAGAUAUGCGAGCAUCAUAGAGAUGGCAGGACCUGGAUCUUCAUUCCCGAAGAGCCUUCUCAGCUUGGAGAUCCCGUUAGAUACCCUCUAUAAUCCAAUUGAAUUCAGUAAGACUUUAAAUCCCUCAACGCCUUCGAAGCUUACACCAGUGUCUUCUCCCAUAGCACUUGCUGUUUCAAAUCCCCCCUCUAUCCACUUGACCAUUCCAGCCCAAACGUCUUCUCUUUCCGCAUUAGCUGCUGCUUUUGUUCCCAUCAACACACACCAAGAUACCUCUAAAGUGGCUCCCCACUUCCUUGGUUGUUCCAAUUCAGACAAUGAGCUAGAGAGCCCAAAUUGGAACGUAAACUACAACUCCGAUCCUGAUAUCCAACCCUUGGGAAAUACUCUUCAUAUACCAUCAGCGGAAUCAGAGGAAGAAUGGAUCACGGAUAGAGGUUCUGAAGAGGAGGAAAAUUGGCAUUUGGCUAUGAAUUUCUUUUCCAACGAUGCUGACAGGGAUUUGAAGGCUCCUUCGACCUUUGUUGAAAGAGCACUGCAGUGUGGCAAGGUUAGGGACAAUGGGUUAGAAACAACAAAACCAGGUGAUAUCCUUAAGGUUGCAGUUGUAGGGGAUACUGUGUUUGAUGCUCAUAAAAGUCCCUCUCUUGAUUCUAAGGACAGGAUUGAACAUGAUGCAAAGCAAUUGCAUUCAAGCUUACUUCUGAACACAUACAAUGGAGAGGCACCUUCUGAAAUAUCUUCUGAUCCCCAUUUUAGCAGCCUGCCCAGACCAGAUCUAUCACAAGAGCAGUUAGAAUCAAAUCAAAUUGGCGAUCCUGAUAAGCAGGAGCUUAGUCUUGAUUUGAGUUCUUCUUUGGUUGAAUCUGAUAAGCUGGAGGGGAACAUUCCUACAGAGGAGGCUACCCAACGAUAUAAUAUUCAAUACCUCCCACUUCCAAGGGUGCUUUUAUCACCAUUUGCUGCUGAAUUCAUCCCCUUAAUGCCCAACCCUUAUGCCGCUCUUUUUAAUCAUGUGGAAGGCCUCGGGAAUAACAUCUCACUCAAGGAUGAUGAAUUUGACAAGUUUGAUGAUGGGAACAGGGUUCUCUGCAACAAUGCAUUAGAAGAAAUUAGGGAUGAAAGAGAUGGGCUAAUUUUGUACACACACUCGGAAGGAGAAGACAAGGCCUUCAAUGAUAACAGCCUUAAACCUCUACAAAUAGAUUACUCCAGGAUGUUCAACACACCUUUUGACUUGGGAAGAGAUUACAAGGGAAGGCGCAUCUACUCUCCUUCGCAAAUAGUUACCAGAAGUAGGGCUAAGCUUUUAAAGGAAGGAAGAAAGAAAACCCCUAUUGGGUGGGAGGAAGGCACCAAAGCCAGAAACGAAGGUCUCACUCGCUUGCCGGCGUUCUCCUCUAUCCCUCCACCAAGGCACGAUGAAAAGCGCUCUUUUUCUGAUGUCAUUGGAUCCUCAACUUCCAUUCCUCAGCCUUCCAUCAACUCCAGGCCCAUUACCAAGCACAAAGGUUUCCCGGCGAUCUCUUUCUCACCGGCAGAGGUUAAAGCUCUCUUUGCACCCUAUGAAUUCUCCCAUGUAGGAAGAUUCCCAAAGUCCAGGCCCCCACUUCCAGUUAUCAAACAGGUACUUGAACGAAUUGGGUUCAAGCACAGCUAUACCGUCGGGGUGCUGGCACCAUCACACGUCCUCCUUACUUUCCACAAUGCGGAAGACUACCAGAGGUGUUUCUCUAAACGUCUCUGGCAAAUUCAAGGCUACCCCAUGCAUGUGUUCAAAUGGAAUCCAGACUUCCAUUGUGAUGAAGAGAGUCCAAUCUUUCCCAUUUGGAUUUCCCUAGAACAUCUUCCUGUCCACCUCCACGAUCCGGUUGCUCUUCAAGCCAUCCCUAAAAUCUUUGGAAAACCUCUCAUGCUUGAUGCAGCAACCUCCUCCAAAACCAGGCCCUCAGUUGCAAGGUUUUGUGUUGAACUUGAUGUUUCCGGCGACCUACCAGCAAAAUUCUUCCUUGACAAUGGAGGCAAAGGACUCUGGCAACCAGUUCACUACGAGCAGGUCCCUAUGUUCUGCACAGACUGCAGAAAAACAGGCCACAAGGCUGGAGAAUGCCAUCAAGCCAAAAACACCACUCCAAAAGCCACGCAGGAUGCACCCAUAGCUGCUGCAGGGAGGGGAAUGCACGGCCUCUUCCUCAAACUCCAAGCCACCCAAAAAUUCCUGAGUUCGUGGAGCAAAAGCACGUAUGGCAACUUCUUCAACAAUGUCAAACAAGCAGAGGAAGCAUGCACAAAAGCGGAGGAAGAAUAUGAGGGCAAUCCUAACAACAAUACAAGGUCCUCCUGGGGGGAAGCCAAAGCACACCUGAUACAAUCAUGCAGGGCAAGAUGGCGCAGACAACACAUCCAUUCCAUCCGUACCAGCCAAGGAACCCAAGUCACAACUGAGAAGGAAAUUCUUGAGGCUGGGGCAGACUAUUUCCAGGACCUCUACAGUCCCCAGCCCACACAUAAUAUGGAGCAUAUUCUUCACCACAUCUCCCACACUAUCCAAGCUAUUCAAAACGAGAAAUUAUGCCUUCUCCCGAACCCCGAAGAAAUUAAGAAUGCUGUGUGGGAUUUGGACUCCAAUAGCUGCGCAGGCCCGGACGGAUUCAAUGUCACCUUCUUCAGAGAAUCAUGGGACAUUAUCAACGAAGACGUAACCAGUGCUGUUCAGGAAUUCUUCCUCGGAAUAAUCCCCCCUAAGGCCAUGAGGACAUCCAACAUUAUCCUCAUCCCCAAAAAAGAAGCCCCUGCAUCAUUCAAUGACUACCGGCCCAUCAGUCUCACCAACUUCUCCUUCAAAAUUAUCACAAGAAUCUUGGCCUCUAGGCUUACUUCUGUGCUUGCUGACAUUAUCUCCAUUGAACAAGGAGGAUUUGCUCCAGGAAAAGAUAUCCAAGAUCACAUUUUGCUAGCGAGAGAACUCAUUCACCUCUUGGACAGGAAAACUGAGGGGGGCAAUCUUGCCCUAAAGCUUGACAUCACUAAGGCCUUUGACAAAAUCUCAUGGAGCUACAUUGAGAAAUGUUUAGAACAUUUUGGCUUCUCCCACAGAUUCAUCCGACUAGUCAUGAACUCCAUCAAACACAGUGUUGUUUCCACCCUCAUCAAUGGCAACCCUUCCAAAAGCUUCAAUCCCAAGAGAGGUGUAAGACAGGGAGAUCCCUUAUCCCCCUACAUCUUCAUCAUUGCCAUGGAAGGCCUCACAAGAUCCCUUAACCACCUCCACAACUCAGGCCAGAUUAGAAAAUACAACACGGGGAGGAUCCAAACAGUAAAUCAUCUUACCUUCGCAGAUGACGUGUUGAUCUUCACAAACGGAUCCCUACCCAAUCUCAAAAAACUCAGAAGUUUCCUCACCACAUUUGAGGAAGCAACUAGCCUCCACCUUAACCAUGCAAAAAGCCAGAUCCUCUCCCCCAAACCUUCAUCUAAUCACAAUAAGCGCCAAGCAAACUGCCUGGGAAUGAAAGUAGCCCCCCUGCCAUCACUUACCUUGGUGUUCCUCUCUACAAGGGGAUUAAUAGAGCCAAAUACUGCCAGGACCUGCUCAGGAAAAUUGAUCUCAAGCUUUCAAGCUGGAAAAUGCAUACUCUCUCCCAAGCUGGCAGGCUAACGCUCAUCAAACAUGUCCUCUCUACCCUCCCCCUCCAUACUAUGUCUUCUUCCAAACUUCCUAAGCUGAUCCUUUCAUUGAUUGAGAGCAAACUCCGUCAAUUUUUUUGGGGGAGUAAUGCUGAUGGAUCUAAGCAUGCAUGGGUUUCAUGGCUUCAAAUAUGCAAACCGGUAUAGGAAGGGGGACUAGGAAUUCCAAACCUUAGCCUCCUUCAACAGUCCCUGGGGUGUAAACUUUGGUGGAAAUACCACUUCACCUCCUCACCAUGGGUUUCCUUCAUUAAGUAAAGCUAUCACCGUAGA